AGGGGGCCGGCCCCGCCGCGGGUGAACACGACCUGGCCCGGUUUCCUUCUCUCGCCUUCUCUUCGCAGCAACGACACGGUUGCUUCUCCCCGCGGCGGCAUCUCUCCUGCGCGGCGGCGCCGUCCCCGCGAGACCCGCGACACGGGAGCGAUGGGGGACGGCGCCAGCGGCCGGGGCGGCGGCGGCGGCGGGCGGCGGGUGGGGGAGUACGAGCUGCUGCGGCCGAUCGGGUCGGGGGCGUACUCGCAGGUGUGGCUGGGGCGGCACCGGGCGCGGGGCACGGAGGUGGCGGUGAAGGAGAUCGCCAUGGAGCGGCUGAGCAGCAAGCUCCGCGAGAGCCUCCUCUCCGAGGUCGACAUCCUCCGCCGCAUCCGGCACCCCAACGUCAUCGCACUCCACGACUCCGUCAAGGAUCAUGGGAGGAUAUAUCUCAUAUUGGAGUAUUGCCGAGGUGGUGACUUGCAUGCAUACCUUCAACGGCAUAAAAGAGUUUCUGAAACAGUUGCAAAGCAUUUCAUCCGUCAGUUAGCAUCUGGUCUGCAAAUGCUUCGUGACAAUAACGUGGUUCAUCGAGACCUAAAACCUCAGAACAUUCUUCUUGUUGAAAACAAUGAAAAUUCUCUGUUGAAGAUUGCCGACUUUGGAUUUGCAAAGUUUUUGCAACCAUUUGCCCUUGCUGAAACACUUUGUGGUUCACCACUUUACAUGGCUCCAGAAGUCAUGCAAGCACAGAAGUAUGAUGCAAAGGCAGAUCUAUGGAGUGUUGGUGUCAUUCUCUAUCAACUUGUUACUGGAAUUCCACCUUUUAAUGGGGAUAAUCAGAUCCAGCUGCUAAAAAAUAUACUCAGGUCACGUGAAAUACGAUUCCCAUCGGAUUGUGAGUUGAGCCAUGGUUGCAUUGAUUUGUGCAGAAAGUUGUUGCGACUCAAUUCAGUGGAGCGGCUUACAGUUGAAGAAUUUGUGCAUCACCCAUUUCUUUCUGAACAAGCUCCAGACAGGACCUUGAGCCGGACACCAUCUGACAUAAGAGAUUUGCCUUCGAGCCAAAGUUCUCAAGAAGAUUGUAUGCCUUUUCCUUUGGAUGAUGAGCCAAGUGAACAGGAUGAGAGUCCAGUCCCUGACAGUAAAAGUCCAAUGAAAUCUUAUGGGUUUCCCAUGGGUAAAAGAUUGGACAAAAUUUCAGGCCAGAGUCCAUCGAGACAUAUUGGUCUGUUCUCCAGAUAUGUCUUGGGUAAUAAUCAUCCUCCUAGUAGCCAGCACCAUGACCGUAAAGGUGGUUAUCCUGAAGAUUCCCCUAUCAUUGAUUCAUUAGAGUUUGUAGAUCAGGAAUAUGUCUUUGUGUCUGGACCACACCCAGAGGGAUCAUCUUCUUCAACAAAUGCCUCUCGACAGCUGAACUUGCCAGCAAAAUAUGAUAAUUCAUCAGUUUCACCACCUAAGUUGACUUUAUCGAGUGCACCAAUGCCGAUAAAUGGUUUGCCGAUUAAUAGACAACAAUCUGCGGGGACUGGUAGCUUGGAUAGCCAUUGUUCUCCAGCAUCUGGCACUUCACAGGGAUCUGCAGACAUGAGUGACGCCAUUGAUCAGCCCCCAUCUGAUUAUCUGACGAGGAUUAAAUUGUUGGAGCAGUAUGCAUCAGCCAUAGCAGGGUUGGUCAAAGAUGAGAUCAAAGCUGGCAGACUCUUGGAGGCGUUCUCUAUUCAGCUAAUUGUUCUUGCAACCUGGAAGCAAGCAAUUCAUUUAUGCAAUACGUUUGUAGCCUCUCCUUCCCAGGAUACCCCUAUGAAGGGGCCAAGUGCUGACGUUCCCCAUUUGCUUGCAAACUCCCAGCUGGUUGAUGAUGCCUACAUGCAGAUAGAGAGACAGUUUCUCUCAGAUGUUGAAUAUGCUGAAGAACUAGCCAGCACUGUAGGACAGAUAGCUGCUGGUACAGAGAUGCCUGAUGCUAUUGAAAUAAUAUUUCAGUCCGCCUUACAUAUAGGAAAACGUGGUGGUGUCGGUGAGAUGUUUGGGAAAGCAGCAGAUGCCAAGAUUGGGUAUACAAGGGCAGUAUCCAUGCUGCGGUUUCUCCUGAUCGAGGCACCAUCACUGGCCCUCAACCCCCCUUUGACUCUGACAAGAUCCGAUCGGCAUCGGCUGCGCACAUAUAUUGAAGCUCUCAACACCAGGCUUGGCCAGAUGCGCAGCCAGAGGCACUAACUGCUGCUGUGCACCCUCGAGAUCUUGUUCAGGUCAAGGGAAGGUGGACUUGUACAAUAUUCUUUCAUUUGUAAGUAUAUUUGUUUGCCCAAACUAGGGCAUGUAAGAUGUCAGGGAAUGUGGAAUUAGGCAGAGCAGCGAAAAUCCAGUGUAACUAGCCCAGGCGACUGCUGUAAUGCGAAGGCUGUGCUGUGCGGCUGUGCCUGUACCGCUGUACGUGGUAGGUUCAUCCUGUUCCGAUUGAGGCAGAAGUUGAAGAUAAUAGUCAUUUGUUGAAAUGUAAACAGAUUGACAGCUACGUCAGUCGUUUUUUAUUUAUCUAUUGGGCUUCUACACGACAUUGAUGGUGUCAUAUUGUCAUUUACGCUUGAAUAUUUGAUCCAUUUGGUA